GUGCGGCUUUUUCUGACUGAGCCUCUCGGUGCAAUAUGGAGUUGCCUGGGCAGCCCAAGGAGGAGCCCUGCACUCGUCUCUUGGCCUCUUUGGAUGCGCGGCUGGACCAACUCUCCCACCAGGUGGAGGCGUGCCUCACGGAGAUUCUGAGCCUCAAGGAGGGCCGGUCCUUCAGCAAGCGGCUGCUCUCCCCGGUGCCCGGCGGUUCGGGCAGCCGGGACUCCUUCUCAGAGGAGGGCCGGCGCUCGAACUUUGGGAGCCAGGGGCGCACCACGCUGAUGGAGGUGAGACCGUCCAGCCGACCCUCCACUACCUCCCGCAUUUCGGGCCGGUCCCUGCGCAACGACAUGGUCACCUUCCGGGACGAGGGCCGGGCCUCGGUGGUGGAGUACACCGCGGCGAAGGCCGAGGACAAGCCCCGGCGUCACUUCCGCCCCGUCCGCAGCGUGGACUUGAAGAUCGCGUGGCAGAUUCACGCGAAGGAGCUUUGCAUGGACAUCCCCGAGGACGAGACCCGACCCAUUCUGCGCCUGCUCUACCGGUCCCGCUGCGAGGUGCUGUGGGAGCUGCUGGACGACCCGGACUCGGGGCGUGGGGCGUGGUGGGCCUCGCAGUUCCUGAAGGCGGUGGUGAUUCUGAACCUGAUGGUGGCCAACUUGAUGACCGUGGAGGGGCCCAUGGACCGCUUCACGGGGCAAGUCCUGGGCUGCUUCUGCGACAUCGUCUUCUGCGUGGAGUUUCUUUGCCGCCUCUUCUCCGCGCCUUCCAAGAAGUUGUACCUGCUGGACCCCUUCAACUGGACGGACUUUGUGAGCGCCACCUCCCUGCCGCUGCGCGCGUCGCUGGGCUUCGACCUGCCGGGCCCUGACCUGGGCCAAGCUGAGGUGGUGCUACUGGUCUUCUUGCCGGUGGUGUGCUCUCUGAAGCUUCUCAGGUACUUUGAGUCUUUCCGGCUCUUGAUCGACGCCUGCAAGAAUUCCCUGCCAGCACUGCCGGUGCUGUUGUACACCAUGGCCGUGAUCACGCUCCUCUCGGCCUCCGCCAUCUACCUGGUGGAAUCCCGGGACAAUAUCCCCACCAUGCCCCACGCCUUCUACUUGUCCCUGGUCACCAUGGCCACGGUCGGCUACGGCGAUUUCGCGCCGAAGUCUUCGCCAGGCUUCGUGGUGGUCUCCGCGCUCACCUGUGUGAGCGUGCUGUUCCUGGGCUUGCCGGUGGGGAUCAUCGGCCAUGAGUUCAAGGCCUGCUGGGAGAGCCGCAGCAAGGUGCUGCUGAUGACGCGUGUCCGGAAGUGCCUGGCCAAGUGGGGCUACACCAGCAAGGACCUGCAGGUCCUGGUGGAGUUCGUGGACCAGGACGGGGACGGCACCUUGAACCUCCCGGAGUUCAUGGAACUCAUCUCCCAGCUGCGGGUGGGCGUAUCGGUGGAGACGGCCGUGCAGCUCUUCACGCUCUUCGACGACGACCAGAAUGGCUCACUUGACUACUACGAAUUUCUGCGGCACUUAUUUCCACACGAGUAUGUGAAGGACCAGCAGCUGCGGGCAGCCACCGUGCGGGAGUCCAGCGAGCGUGUGAGCCGCGCCAUCCAGCACCUGGACACCUUCCGGAACUCCACCGUGGAGGAGGAAGCGACCGACAUUUCCUGAGCAUUUUUCUCGAUAUCUUCGAGCGAGAAUUUCCGAUCUUCCCAGUUGCCGAGAGGAUUUGCCGCCCUCA